AUGGGAUAUUGUUAUGAAUUAGAAACUGGAUGUUCCGGGUGUCCCGUUCGUGUAACGGUUUGCAUUGCUCUUUGCCAUUACAUGCUUUUUGGACUUUUUGUAACGUGUUUUGUAUUUACAAACCAUUGCUACCCAGAACUUUAUUAUGUUGAUUAUUUUUUUGGCGGCUCUGGAGCAGCAUUACUUUUAAUAUCUUUUUUCACAGCGUGGUGCGUUGACGUAAAAAAAAAAGGAUUACAAUUUAUUCGCAGCUUCAUGGGUUUAUUAACAAUUUUGGCUGUAUUAUCAACUGUUGCAUCUUGCUUUUAUUACACAAUAACAAGAUGGGACGACGUUAUGGUAACGCUUAUUGUUAAAGUUUUGAGAAUGCCCCAUGAAAAAGACAUGCCGGAUUUUCUUUGGCACCUAUUAGUCGUUGUGUCUUGCCUAACGACACCCACAUUUUUAAUUUAUCUUAUUUACAUAGCUAGUUUUAUGUGCAAUCCGUGGAAAUCCCAUUUGUUUGUUAUGCCUUAUCAACAUGACAUGUAUUUCUCGCCAAUGACUGCUCCUCUUUCAAUACCAACUCCUGUGACAGGUGUACCAAAUAAUCCAAAUUAUAAGCCUUACCCAUUUAAUCAAGACCUAUUGACCUUAUAG